CCUUGCCCAUCCCCCUCCACAGUCUACACCCGCCCGUACAAUCUCAAGUCACAUUACCGUAGCCACACAGGCGAGCGGCCGUACGGCUGCGAGUACUGCAAAUCGUCCUUUGCCCGGAAAAACGACCUCAAGCGCCACGUCAAGCUGCAUCAAGGGAUAAAGCCGCAUACAUGUCCAAUAUGUGGCAAAUCCUUUGCCCGCCGCGACGCCCUCGGACGGCACGUCAAGUCGCCAGAAAACGGCGGAGAAAACAACUGCGAGGCACAGUUGAAGAUCCUGGCCGACGGAGGCGACGAAAGGGCAAAGAAGAUUCUAGGGAUCAUCCUGGACGAGUCCAUACUCAGCGUGUCGCCAGCCUGA